CACAGAGGCAGCUCCGCCUCCUCUGCAGUGUAGCGACAGCUAGCAAGGGCAGCAAUGGAGGAGCCAGCAGUGCAGCAGGAAAAAAUAGAGGGAUCAUGGGAAGGAGGGCAGGAUGGAGGGAAGGCAGACUGGAAGAAUAAGGGCUCCCUCUCCUCCCUCCUUAAACACUCCUGUCUCCUCUGCUGGUCGUCUCCCAGGGACACCGACGUCGUGGAAACGGAUGAGAGAAUCCUCGCCAAGACAGCCGAGAUCAGAGAGCUGGAGAAUGCAGUGGCGGUGGAGAACUUGGAGCUCCAGGAGCAGCAGUCGGACCGCAAGGAGCUGGAGGAGACUCUGGUGAAAUUAGAGAAACACAAAGAGAAGCUGGUGCAGCAAAUAAAGACAACCAGACAGCUGUGCUACGAAGAGAGCCAACAGAUCCUGUCUCUGCAGGCGGAGGAGGUGAAAAAGGAGAACCAGGUGGAGGAGUACGAGAGGGAACUGGCCAGAGUCAGAUGGAGGCUGAGGAAGCUGAGAGAGGAAGUGAAGCAGGCCAAGAGGAAGGUGGAGGAGGCUGGAGAGAGGGACACUCCUCUGCAAGACUCCAUCAGACAGUCCUAUGAAGAGAUCCUGCAGGAGGAGCACACUCUUUACUCUCUGUCAGGAGGAGCAGUGACUCCAGAGAGCCAGCUGGAGGAGUCAACAUCUCCUGCAGACACCACUGAAGAUGAUCCGCUACCUAUGAGGCCUUGGGGACGGAGCCAAUCACUGCCUGCUUAUGCUGACCUGAUCAUGAGGGGCAGUGGCUCCUCUUUCUGCAAUAAUCUGGCAGAUACCAGAGAAGAAGUAGACGACAGUGGGACCAGCUCGCCAAAGGACAGAUCUGACUUAGAGGAUGACCCCGAGGAGGGGGAGCUCAACAAUGAAGGGGAAAGAGAGAGAGAGAAGGAGGAGUCCACUAGUCCACAACUGGACUUCUACAAAGCCGACCCCUUCGGCCACUGUCAGAGUGACCAUGACCUCUUCAAUGAAGACCUGUUCCCUAAAACUGACUCCUCUGGUGGCUUUGCUUCAGACCCUUUCAAAGGCAGCGACCCCUUUGCAGCAGAUAUUUUGUUCCCAGAAGCAAACGCCGGCACUGAUGAGGGUGCAGGUAACGCCUGUGAUGAGGCAGACACCAGUUUGUCCUGUGCUGAAAACAAAGCCUCGACAGGAACUCAGUGCUUUGAGUCUGAAUUCCCCGAUGAAGACAGCGACAUAGAGAUUAGCUACAGCCGGGAGGACCUGGACGCCAUCGCUGUGGUCGAUGAAUCUCGUGGUUUUAAACCAAUUCAGAGCUCAUCAGAGGAGCUGGGGCCACAGCCCAUCCACGGCUGGAGGUCCCAGGGUCAGUAUUCUGUAGAAUCAGAUCCUAAUGGUUACGAGCUGGACCUUGGCGCUGUCUCACCUCCCUCUGACAUAGAAGAACAGAGUCUAGGAUCUCUGGCUGGAGAGGCUACCACCGAGGCUACAGCAGGACUUGAACAUGGUCUAAGCUCUGGUUCAACUCAGGCUAACCCUGAGCUCAGCGAACAAGUCCUGUUGGAACCAGAUUUGACAGGCGGCACAGAGCAAACUCUGUCCCAUCACGUUGCCUCCAGUCAGGGGGCAGAAUGGGUUGGCAGUAUUGAAGAGGAACCUCAAAACCCUGCAACUCCCCAAAACUCAGUAGAUUCUCAGAACCUUUUUAUCCAGCCUGACUCAGAUCACAACAGAGAGCUUAGCUUUGAGUUGAGCUAUGAACCAACCAGUCAGUCUUCCUUUGACCCAUACGGCUUUAAACUUAGUCCAGAACAUUCGAGUCACACUCUCUUAGACCCUGAUGAAGCUGAACUGAGCCCAGAACCCUCUGAAAAUGAUCUGACCUUUGACCCUGAGCCUGCCUCUUCUCAACCAGACCAAUUAGACUUUGAUCGCUAUGGGUUUGAUAUCACUUCCCCCCAAACGGCACGGGACUCUGACCCUUAUGGCUUUAAGCUCAGCCCUGAGGAAGAGAACCAAGAGGUGCUGGACCUAGGUGGUCAUGAUAAGCAGGAGGCAAUGGAACUUUGCUCCUUUAACAACAACGAGCAACUAGAACCCUCUAACUAUAGCAACCAGGAAGUACUGGAACCUCAUACCCAUGAAAACCAAGAAGUGCUUGAACCUUGUAGCCGCAAUAACCAGGAGCUGCUGGAUUUACGUAACAAUGGAAACCAGGAAGUGCUAGAACCUUUUAGGCUGGACAACACAGGGUUAGUUAGCCAUGGAAACCAGGAACUCCUGGAUCUCUGUAGUCAUGACAACCAGGAGGUUGUGGAACCCUAUCGCAAUAUCAACAAUGACGAUCUACUUGAACCUUGUAACUAUGGUAACCAAGAAGUGCUGGAACCUUGUAGCCAUGGCAGUCAGGCACUGCUGGAUUUGUCCCAUCCCGAAAAUCAGGAAGUGCUUGAUUUAGAUAACUAUGGCAAUGAAGACUUACUGGACUUUGGUGGCAAAGAAAAUCAGGAGGUGCCAGUUUCAGGUAGGCAUGGCAACCAGGAACUCCUGGAUUUCGGUAGCAAUGAAAAUCAGGAAUUGCUGGACCUAGGUAGUCAUGACAACCAAGAGGUGUUGGACUUGUUGAGUAAGGAAGUUCUCCCCGAAGCGAACAAUAACCAAUGCAUUGUGGAACCAGAGCUUGAUGUCAGUCCCACUAACAACAGCUCAGACAGUGAUGUGGCAUCAGAAGACCUGCUGGGACUGGAACUCAGUAACACCAGUAUCUGCACUACCAACAAAACAAACACCAAUACUGCGGACACCCUCAACAUGGCCGUCAGCAACAUGCCGGCUAAACAGGACACUGCACCAUCCAAUGCUCCUACAAGUCAGAGCUUGUUAGAAGGUGAUCUGGGUUCCGUGUUUGGGGCUGGAGGAUACAUCGGAUGUCCUGAUGUAGCGGACGACCUAGAGCCUCUGGAGAGAAGGAAGGCGAAACCAGUAGCAGAACCAGCACGAUCCGCCAAACCAGUUAGGCCUCCUCGGCCCUCGCUCAGGGCCAAGGAGAAGGCUCAGUCCCAGACUCAGGGCAUCGACCUGAAGUGAUCUCUCACCAAACAACACUCAUGUCGGGGUGUUGCCAUGUAAAAACAAAAAUCCCACAACAGCGGCAACACAAGACAUGAAAUGGAUGAGGAGAGAAGUAAGAGGACGGGUGACGAGGUGGAUACAAAGGGGGAUGGGAUGAAGGAGGGAUGAUUCCACAGACAGGAGGGAGAGAUCAUUCUGCUGUUAUUUACUGCAAUAAUUCUAGUCUCUGAUGUUUUUAUGUUGCAAAGCGAAACAUUUAAGUCAGAAUGGAAAGAUUAGCAGCAGGCAGGAUGUAACAACUACCAGGCAGCAUUAGACUGUCUCACUCCAUAAGAUCUAAAGAUCAACGUUAAGAAAACCUGUCUGGCUCAUGACUUCACUCUAUUGUGAGUGGUUUAUACAGGUCAAAAAUAAGCAACUCUCUUUGAAGCGUGGUCCUACUGUUUUUACCCGAAAAGAUGCUUAUCAGUCAAUCAGAAGGUUGAUAUUCUCUGUUAUUUAUUCACACUAUCAGCUGCCAGCUCCCUCCUGUGUCCUCUGAGUCUCUUAGUGAAGAUCCCCAUCCUCUACAACUUUACAGUUUUAAGGGUAAUUAGUCCACAGUAAAGAUAAUCUCUCCUAAUGUGAUUUGAGCGUAGUGUUGGAGCAUGUGUUCGUGGACUUUGUGUGACUCUGUCACAUAGAUCAAAUGUAUAUAAAUUAUAUACUCAGCUAUUGUGGUUAUCAGAUUAUCUAGUCAAUUAGUAGUUUUAGAUCUGAGUUGGAUGAGAGCUGUAUAAAUAUUUUGGUCGGGUUGUACAGUGAGCGCAUAUCUAUACUGUCACCAUGGUAACAUGCCCAGUGUUUUUCAGUCAUCAGUAAGGUGCUCCUUAAAGAGGAUCAUUACAGCAGGCUUAAAGCAGUGUGUCACUGCCACCUCUGGCUCCGAGUUUCAAGCCUGUUUCACCCGUUUCACCCGUUUCACCUCUCAGCAUGUGCUCCAGAGUGCUUUGAUGAACAAGUUAACACACCCAACGGGGAUGUCCCCCUGCAGCACACCUGCACGUCAC